UUCAACAAAAGGCUUCCCCAGUUUACACCGAACCAGUUUCAAUCCCUUUCAAGUUUUUACUGUUAUCAAUGGAAAAACUCAGCCCGAACGAUCUUCCUUUCUUCCUUGCCAAGUUUGACAAGGUGGGGAUUAACGACACUGAAUUGGAGAUACCAUUGUCAUUUUCUAACAAAUACAUGGUAGAAGACAACGAAAAACAUGGUUCGGUUCACUUGGACGGUUAUAACCGAAGCUGGGAAGUUUCUGUGCGACGACGUCAUGAUUUCGUUGUGUUGGGCAGAGGAUGGAAGAAAUUUGUGAGAGAUGUCAUCCAAGACUAUGAAAAGGCUUGCAUUGUGUUUGAGUACAAGGGAUAUAUGUCCUUCACUGUUAGGGCAUUUUACGAUGAUGGAAACAUUGUCGUGGAC